AUGUUAAGACAAGUGCAAUUGCUCAUCCUGUUGAUGGUUGCCUCGAAGGAAGCCACCGUACUGGUAAACUCAAGGAGGAUAAGCCACCUGCAUUCCAAACUGAACGAAAAUAUUCUCUACUUCAACAAGUGUCCUUCGUCCAAUGUGUGGCACCACAAAAGAUAUAACCCACACCAUGCCUACAUAAAGCAACCGCUCUUUCACAUACAUCAGAGAAAAAUUAAUUACCUGAAAAAUGGCAAUAGCAUAUAUUCCAAAUAUUACAAUAACGAGCCUGUUUACAACACAUACAAUCCAAUUUUAAAUUAUGAGGUACUCGAUUUGGUGAAGGUAUUCGGGAGGUUAGCUGAGCAUGGGAAGUACGAGUCCCUCAACAUUGCCGUUGAUGUGGGCGUAGACGAACAGGAAACACUGAAUGACCCAGAUGGGAAAAAUCGUCAGACAAAAAGAAAUAACUCCUGGACAAAUAAACUUCUGUCCAUUUUUAAAUUUAAAAAUUUUUAUGAGCAUGACAAAAGAGCAUACUGGUACAGGCAUUUCUCACAGCAGGGGAAAAUGAAUUUUUCAGAUUUCAAAAAAUACUUAUUACUACUAAAAUUUAAAUGGCCGAAAGAUUCCCUCUUCCCAACGUACAAUAUCUUCUUGUUCGAAAAAGGGUUAAGUAAAAAUGUGGACUCCCCACUGAUACGAAGCAAAGUGGAAAAUUACAUACAGCGGCAAGAAAUUAACGAAAAUUUGCUGAAAGCUUGCUUUUUCUGCUUUUCAGAAGGAAAAGAAUACAUAACUGCGCAGGAUAUAUUAAAUACCUUUAUUGGGUGGAAAAGGAAAGGGGAUAAAAAUGAAAGGAAAGAGGGUAAUAACAAUUUCUUUUCCUUUUUUAAGAAAGCCAAGCCGGAGGAGGACUCCAUUGAUUGGUUCACCUUCAAAAAUAAAAUCGACGCAUGUACGAUUAGGAUGCACGAAGGGAUAAAGUAA